AUGGAAGGCACAUACGUCAUCUUGAUGCCACCUUGGAGAGCCGGGGAGACCCCUAUCCAACGUGUUCUGGCACUUGCUAGAGUGGAGAUCUGGUUGCUGGGAGAGAGAGGGUGGCGAAACGGAUUCGUCGUGGCAAGGGUCACGCAUCUGUGGCACGCAAGUCCAUUGGACCCUCGCGAACACAUCACGGUCGAGAUCUACUACAAUUAUCGCUACAUAGGCACAUGGCACGUCGUUCGUCACUUGCAAACAUUCUGCUCAGUCCCUACAGCCUCGAAGGCAAUCAAGCAUAUAACGCGAUCGCUAUUGGGAGGGGGAUGGGGAAUUGUUGUGGCUGAAGUCCGGGUUUCAGUGGCGGCAGAUGGGAGUUUCGGGGCCCUCGGCGUUGAGGAGGAUUGGGGCGGCGCUAAAUUCUAUUUCUGUGCUUUCUUGGUCGUUUCGAUGUUCGUUGCGUUGCGCGUACCGAAGGAAAAUCCGUCUAGGACGGAGAUUGCGUGCAAGGCACUUUCGGUUAGCGUUCGCGAUGCGUUCGGCCGGCAAUUUCCGUCUCGGACGGAUUCGGCGCGCGCAGCCGCUAUGACGCGGCGGCAUGAGUGGCUAAUGCAGCAGUUUCCGUCUCAGACGGAUUCCGCGCGCGGAAAAUACCUCACGACGCGAACUCCGUCCUGGACGGAUAUUGCGCAGGAGGAGAUCUCGCGACUGGAUCGCGGUUAUAUUCGGCCCGGCUCUUGCGACGCAUGA